AGUCCCGGGCCCCGCCCCCUCUGCUUCAGCAGGCUAGCUUGUUAUGGUGGAGAUCCAUUUUCGGCGUACUGGCGAAAAUGGAAAUGCAACAACAUGACAGACACUACUUCUCACAUUGUGCUGUGAAUAUCUGGGUGGAGGGAUGUUACAACUGAAGACCUUAAUGCUUGUGGUGGUGCCUGCGAUGGAUUCUAGCUACAACUAGCAAAUCCAGCUUAUUCAUCAGCCUUAAGAGAUUGCAGUGUAAACAUGGCGGAAAGAAAGGGAAAACCUGCCAGUGCAAUAAAAUCACUGUCGAAGAGGGAACAGGAGGAGCUCAAGAAGAAGGAGCAAGAGAAGGCAGCGGAGGUGUUUGAGGAGUUCCUAGCGUCGUUCGAAGGCAGCACCAAGAGCGGGGUGAAGACGUUUGUGCGAGGAGGCAUCGUGAAUGUAACUAAAGAAGAGGAAGCAGCAGACGUUUCCAGAAACAAGCUCUAUCGACCAGCCGCCAAGUUCAACUCCACACCCCCCCCUGUAUCGCUAGCACAUUCUCCUGAUGCCAAAAAGCCUAUAUUCAAGAAGAAGGUAGAAGGAAAGAAGAGGAGCAACCUCGAACUAUUUAAAGAAGAGCUCAAACUCAUACAGGAAGAGCGGGAGGAGCGGCACAAGAGGAAGAAAAAUGACCCCGGAGGAGGAGGAGGAGGAGGCGGAGCCUAUGGAGACCUGGACACACCGUUGUCAAGGCGAUCAAGUUUCUAUGACGACACUGUGUUGCCCAUCACCACUAACCUCUACAUCAGCUGCAUCAGUCCAAAGAUGAAUGAGGAGAUGCUCUGCAAGGAGUUUGGGAAGUACGGGCCCCUGGCCAGUGUGAAGAUCAUGUGGCCCCGGACGGACGAGGAGCGCUGCCGGACCACCAACAGGGCCUUCGUGGCCUACAUGACCCGCCGGGACGCCGAGAGAGCCCUGGCCUCUCUGGACGGUAAAACGGUGAUGGGCUUUGAGAUGAAGCUGGGCUGGGGCAAGCCGGCCCGGAUCCCUCCCCAGCCGCUCUACACGCCCACGGGGAUGAGGUUGGCCCCGCCGCCCCCCUCCGGGCUGCCCUUCAACGCCCAGCCCCGCGACCGCCUCCGCAACGACUUCACCAAGCCCCUGGGCCGCUCCAAGUCUGAGUUCGACAAGACUCUGUCCGAAGCUGUUGUCAAGGUGGUCAUCCCCACCGAAAGGAUCCUGCUGGUGCUCAUCCACAGGAUGGUAGAGUUUGUUGUGAGGGAGGGGCCCAUGUUUGAAGCCAUCAUCAUGAGCAAGGAGAAGAACAACCCAGACUUCAGGUUCCUGUUUGACAACAAAAGCCAGGACCAUGUGUACUACCGCUGGAGACUCUUCUGCAUCCUCCAGGGCGAGUCGCUGAGCGAGUGGCGGACCAGAGAGUUCCGGAUGUUCCAGGGCGGGUCGAUAUGGCGUCCGCCGGCCCUGAACGCAUACAGCAGCCGGGACACGGCCCGGGCCGGCUACGACCCCGGGACCCCCCAAGAGGAGGAGGAGGAGGAGGGCAAGAAGGGGCAGCUGAAAGCCGAACACCGGCGGCGCCUGGAGGGGCUGCUGCGGGAGCUGGGCCCGCGGCGGGGCGAGGUGGCCGAGGCCAUGGCCUUCUGUGUGGAGCGCGCCGAGGCGGCCGAGGAGGUGGUGCUGCUCAUCAGCGAGUCGCUGUCCAUGCUGCACACGCCGCUGCAGAAGAAGAUCUCGAGGCUAUAUCUUGUGUCGGACAUCUUGUACAACUCGUGUGCCAAAGUGGCCGGUGCAUCUUACUUCCGUAAAUACUUUGAAUCAAAGCUGCUCCAGAUAUUCGGGGACCUCCACGCUGCAUACAAGAACAUCCAAGGCCGACUGCAAGCCGAACAGUUCAAGCAAAAGGUGAUGGGGUGUUUCCGAGCGUGGGAGGACUGGGCGAUCUACCCUGAGGCCUACCUCCUCCACCUCCAGAACGUCUUCCUGGGCUUCACCAAGGCAGCGGAGGAGACGGCCGACAAGGCAGAGGGCUCUCCUCCAGACCUGGACGGGGCCCCUCUGGAGGGCCCGUUGUUGGACGGCGAGGUGCUGGACGAGCUGGACGGGGCCCCCCUGGUCUGGGACCCCCUGGACGGGGUCCCCGUGGACGACAUCGACGGGGUCCCGCUUGGGGUCGUCCCCGCUACCGCCGCCGCCGCCAUGGACGACAUCGACGGGAUGCCGCUGGACGAUGGCAGUGGUCCUUUCCCUGGGGUUGCCAGGUCCAAAUGGGAGCAGAGGAGUCUCUCGGAGGAGUUCCAGCAAGUCAAGACAGAGUCUAAAUGGGAUGCAGUGGUGGGGCCCGCCGGGGACGAAGAGGACCUGGCUGUGAGGUCCAGCCGCCUGGAGAAAGGCGGCCACUCGGAGAGCGAGUCCAGCGACGGCUCGAGUCCGUCUAAAUACGACAGCGCCGACUUCGAGAACUCCCUGAGAACCUUCCAGAUGUCUGAGGGGAAGAGGAAAAGGCUGAGGGAGAUCGAGGUGAAGGUCAUGAGGGUGCAGGACGAGCUGGAGUCGGGCCAGCGCUCCCGGAGGUCGGGGAUGAGCCUCCAGCAGCAGGUGGGACACUACAGGAGGAAGCUGCUGCAGAAGGAGUUUGACAACGAGGAGGAGCAGAGUGAGUCCUCGUCCUCCUCCAAGUCCAACCGGCCGCGGGAGGAGAGGAGAGACAAGGAGAAGAGCAAGAGGAGCGACCACCGCGGAGGGAGGGGGAGGAGCUCGGACUCAGACGACGCAGCUCAGACACACAGAAGUGUCUCUCCUUCCAGAGGGAGAUCCCCGCGGCGGGCCAAGCUGUCCAGAUCUCCAUCCGCAGACCGGCGGGCGAGGAGAUCCAAGUCCCGAUCGCCCCACCGCUCUCACAAAAAGAGCAAGAAGAGCAAACGCUAAUGUCUACCCCCGCCCCCCCUCCUCCUCGACCUUUGACCUGGUCCUUCCUCUAUGGGCCGGUGUGCCCCGCUGACUGCCUGCCCCCCCCCCCCCCCCCUCUUCCCCCACUUUCACCUUCUGCCCUUCAAGUUCUCAACGGAAGAGCACACUUUUGUAAGGAGGAGAUCGAACACUGCGAUGAAGUUAUAAAUAUUGUUUUUGUUUUCGUUUUUUUAAAGUGGAUUCCGGAAUGUCUCUGCCCGUCUGUGAGGUUUAAGAAAAUAAAAAUCACCAUUGGCAAUGA